AUGGCUGCUAUAUGGACUCUCUCUUUCUACCUAGUCUGGCCUGCAUGUUUGGCCCUGACCCCCCCUGCUGAGCUCCCUCAUCCCCACAACCUGCCCCCUGAGCUGGGCUUGAACAGAAGUGAUGGCAGCCUGUCUGUGGAUCUGCCGCUGGCUCUGAGGGUUUUCAGCGUGGACUAUCACCAUGUGCAGGCUCCCUUUGAGAUUGUGCUGUGGAUCAUGCUGGCCUCACUGGCCAAGCUGGGUUUCCACUGGUCAGGUCGAGUCCCAGCUGUCGUCCCAGAGAGCUGUCUCCUCAUCAUGGUGGGCCUCCUGGUUGGAGGGGUGAUCUACGGUGUCCGCCACUCAGCUCCUCCGACUCUCAGCGCUGAUGCUUUCUUCCUCUUUCUGCUCCCGCCAAUCGUCUUGGAUGCAGGAUACUUCUUACCAGGGAGGCUGUUUUUUGAAAACCUUGGCACCAUACUCUGGUAUGCAGUAUUGGGAACCUUGUGGAACGUUCUGGGCAUCGGCCUGUCACUGUACGGUGUGUGUCUUCUGGCCCCGGACUCUCUGGGAGAUUUGUCUCUGCUUCACUGCCUGCUGUUCGGCUCGCUGAUCGCUGCCGUCGAUCCCGUGGCCGUGCUGUCUGUAUUCCAGGAGAUGCACGUGAAUGAUCAGCUUCAUAUCCUGGUGUUUGGAGAGUCUCUGCUCAAUGACGCCGUUACCGUGGUGCUCUACAAGUUGUUUGAGUCGUUUCUCCGUCUGCCCUCAGUGUCAGGGCUGGAUGUGUUCCUAGGGGGGUGUAGGGUGGUGGUGGUGGGCCUGGGUGGCCUGUUUGUGGGCCUCUUCUUUGGCCUGGUGGCAGCCCUCACCUCACGGUUCACCUCCAGAGCCCAAGUCAUCGCCCCGCUCUUUGUCUUCCUCUACUCUUACCUGUCCUACCUGACCUCAGAGAUGCUGCACCUUUCUGGUAUCAUGGCCAUUGUGACUUGUGCUGUGACCAUGAAGCAGUAUGUGGAGGCUAACGUGUCCGAGCGCAGCAACACCAGCAUCCAGUACUUUCUGAAGAUGUGGAGCAGCGUGAGUGAAACCCUGAUCUUCAUCUUCCUGGGCGUUUCCACGAUACAGGACGUCCACAUGUGGAGCUGGCCCUUUGUGUGCUCCACUCUGUUGCUCUGCCUCGUCUGGAGGGCCUCAGGGGUUCUCCUGCUCACUGCUGUGGUUAACAAGCUGCGGAGAAACACGGUGACCUUUCGAGAUCAGUUCAUCAUUGCCUAUGGAGGCCUGAGAGGGGCAAUCUGUUUCUCUCUCGUCUUCCUGAUUGACGACUUCCCAAAGAAACGACUCUUCAUUACAACCACCAUCGUUGUCAUCCUCUUCACUGUCUUUGUACAGGGGAUGACCAUUAAGCCUCUUGUAGAGCUGCUGGAUGUGAAGAGGAAGAAGAGAGCUCUGCCCACUGUCAGUGAGGAGAUCCACAGCAGGCUCAUUGAUCACCUGCUGGCAGGGAUAGAGGAUGUGGUUGGCUACUGGGGUCAGCACUACUGGAAAGAUAAGUUUGAGCAGUUCAACAGGAAGUACCUCCGUCGUUUCCUAAUCCGUGAGGAUAAUCAAGCUAGCUCCAGCAUCCUCAGAGUUUACCAGGAGCUGGAGAGAAGGGAGCAGAGAGGGGACGAGGAGGCACCGUCAAUAGUGGACCCUCGCUCCCACAGCCGCCCCCUCUUACCAGAGGAGAUGGACAGCAUCAGACGUAUUCUCUCCAGAAACCUUCAAAACUUCAACAACAAGCAGACGCCAGCGUACAGCAGACACACUUUGCACCAGGACGCUAACAGGGACAGAGUGAGGAAGUCUCUCCACAGACACCAGAGUCUGGGAGAGAGAUACACCUUCACACAGGUGGAGGAGGCAGAGUUCAGUGGCUCGCAUAGAGCAAGAAAGGGGCUCAGCAGGUCUCACACAGCUGCUCUUCUCUUGGCAGUGUGCUCCAUUAGCCCGCUGGCUGUCCUCCAGGAACCAUCAGUCCCAGCAGCUUCAGCUCGAACAACUAUUCUAACAUCUUCUCCUGCUGCCAGGGAGGAGCAGAGCGCUGCACAACACCAAACAUCUGUGGGGGGAGCUACUAAAAAACAACUUAGCUUUGUUUUGGAGAACGAGAAGCAGCAAUGAGUAGAACCUUGGGGAAAAAAAAGAAGUUAUUCAGAGAGUUUUGUAAUUUCAGGCUCUAUAAAGUGAUGCCCUGUAUUUAUUAGCUAUAG